AUGCCAAAGCCAAGGUCCCACAUGCCAAGAGAUUUGAUGGUCACAACAAAGGGAGUUGGCAGGCUACAUCAAAGAUGGCCAGAACAGCUUGCCCGCGGAGAGGAAGGGCAGUUGGCUCUUGCUCCCAACUUGAGAAGCGCAGAAGGCCCCUCGGCGAGGACGGGUUUUUCUCCGCUUGACAUUGCUGACGGUAUGUGCUAUCAGUGCUUGAUGCUGUAUCAGGCACCAUCACCAGCUACCUUGGCCACAGAGGACACAGCGAGGCAGCGAGGUGUGCAUGAGGUCUUCGACGGAGCGGCCAGAGAUCGUGGUUUGAGGAUGACUGGGCAGGCGGAGCUUCUGAAACUGGCUUCGUGUGGGAAGGUGCAUGGGUGUGGACGGGGUUGUGGAAGGAAGGAAAGGGGCGCGAGACGGGAGGCGCGUGGGUGUGGACGGGGGACUAUAUAUAUAUAUAGAGAGAAUUAUAGAGAUACAUCCAACCUCCAACCCGACUAA